UGUUCCUUCAACUAAUCUACAAGCCGUUAGCUCCUGUCGAUGCCGAGAUCAAACGAUUCGAUUUCAACAUCGGCAUCAUCCGGAUCCUUUACUCGAUUUGAGUAUCAGGUUGCUGGGCACGAUCGCCUCUUACAACACCCGGCGUCUGAUAUCAUGGUGGUCAAACCUUGCAAUCAAACGGAACAAAGGUUUUAUCAGGAUUCCCAGCAACAUCCCGAGUUUCUUCAAUGGAUACCAGAAUGCUAUGGCAGCCUUCAUAUUGCGACUGAGAUAGAACGACAAACCAUUGCAGAAGCUCAAGACAUUGCAGACGGCGUCAAAUCCAUUUCACUUAAUGAGCCAACCGAAUCUUUCAACCCUGCCGAGUUAGAUGACCAUAUAUGUAUAGAGAACUUGUUGUAUGGAUUUACACAACCAUGUGUUAUGGAUAUCAAGCUAGGCACACAAUUGUAUGGUCCUGAUGCUACACCGUCAAAGCGAGCAAAAAUGAUUAAAAAAGCCAAUGAGACGACUUCUGGCAAGCUGGGGAUAAAGAUAUGCGGCAUGCAAAUGUUUGAUGCAUCUACAAAUCAGCACAUAGUGCACUCAAAGACAUAUAUCAAGCAAAUUACCGAAUCAAGUUUACUGAACGCCUUUAUGUCGUUCUUUUUUCCACACAGCGAAGUCGGGCACGCCAUAGUCGAAGGUCGUGAGCGAUUACAUCUUCCAUUAGAAGGAAGUCGAAUUCCAGCAGCAAAAAUGCGAUGGAUCAUACGAAGUUUGAUUGAAGACAUUGAAGAAAUUCUGGAAACUGUGGCGAACUGUCCGAAUGUACGCAUGUACGGAGCAUCCCUCCUUAUUGUUUACGAAGGCGAUCAGAGUGCAUUUUUAAAUGGAUGGGAGAAAAUGUUGGAGGAAGAUCGGCUGCAAGAAGAACGAGCAUCACAACAGGCAAAGGAUAACCAAGCUGCAGAUGAUGACUCUGAGAAUGAAGAGGACGAAGAUGAGCAACCGGCCAAGUUGUAUUCCAUUAGACUUAUAGACUUUGCACAUUCAUUUUGGGAGGGAGACGAGGUUACUGAACAAGAUGCUGGUCUACUUCUUGGAUUGACGAAUGCUUCAAACAUUCUUCGAUCUGUUUUGGCGACUCAAAAAGAAGGGAACGUGUAGAUAAUAAUUGUUGUAUACCUUUGUUUUUAUUUUCUUUCAUUACCUGCUUGAACUUUCAAAGCUGACAAAUUCAGGCAUCUACAUAAUAUUGUUUGUACUUAUACUGUUUUAUUAGAAUAAAUUUUACGUCAAGUGUAUAUUUAAUUUGGUCAAAUGGAUGACGAAGUUAGUUCAGCG